GAGCCGGAUCAGACAGAGCUGACGAAGGGGGAGUCGACAAAGUGCAUCAAGCGGGAGACUCGAGAACAUGACGAGUUGACAAAAGCAGCAGCGCAAAUGGCGCCGCGAGAGCUGGAUAACCUGCUGAGACAGAUAUGCCUAAGCACCACCCACUUGGAUCGACUACCAUGUAGCCUACCGAAUGACCAGGAAUGUCUCCGGGCCAAGUUACGACACCUUUACGCCGCAGUCCUCGCGAAGCACAGCCUGUACGAGCCCGAGUUAUGGGAGCACUGGCGCACCGAUCCGAAUUCGAGAGGAAAACCUGAACGGACGGCCCUCGCUGCUAGCCACGUGUCUAGAGGAGACUGGCCGUUGCCGUUGCCGUAUGAGCACUUAGAUGACUACUUGGCCCGGCGGGAAGUUCCACUGGAGAUGGUCAGCAAGGAGGUAGUCACCUAUGCAUUCCAGUGGCGAGAAGCCCAUGAUCCUGCACUGAAGGCCCCUUGGAGGAAGAGACAGAUCGUAGGGAAGCAGAUUGGACCGGCCAGAGAACACCCUGAUUCAGGCAUGGGCGAAGAUACGGCCGCCCGAAGCCAAGUGGGACAUUUUGGAUGCUUCCAGCUUGAGAACUAUGGCGGAGGAAUAAAGAAAGGUGUGCUUUGAGCAGAAGGGCUUGCAUACACUAAAGCUAUACACACCUCUGCAUGACCUGACCAACAAAAGACACUUCUCAAUGGGACAAACAAACAGGACUC